AUGGCUACCACAACUCGUACUGGUCAGCCCUUUGACCGUGCUGCCCUUGAGAGCCUCAUGAGGAGGAGGAUGUUCUAUACCCCUUCUUUCGAAAUAUACGGAGGUGUGAGCGGAUUAUACGAUUACGGCCCCCCCGGCUGCGCCCUACAGGCCAAUAUAAUAGACAUAUGGCGGAAGCACUUCGUGCUAGAGGAGGACAUGAUGGAGGUCGACUGCACCAUGCUCACCCCACACGAGGUGCUGAAGACUUCCGGCCACGUUGAUAAAUUCGCAGACUGGAUGUGCAAGGAUCCGAAGACCGGAGAGAUUUUCCGCGCAGAUCAUCUAGUGGAAGAGGUGCUCGAGUCGAGAUUGAAGGGUGAUAAAGAGGCUCGUGGUCAAAAGGUGGACGUGGACGAAGAAGACCCGAAGAAAAAGAAGAAGAAGGUCAAGGAGAUCAAGGCUGUCAAGUUGGAUGAUUCGAUGGUUCAGGAAUACGAAGAGAUUCUGGCAAAAAUUGACAACUACAACGGCGAGGAGCUCGGGUUACUCAUGACAAAGUACGAUAUCAAAAACCCAGCGACCGGCGGCGCCCUCUUACCUCCGGUCGCCUUCAAUCUCAUGUUUCAAACAUCGAUCGGACCCAGCAGUAACCUUCCAGGCUAUCUACGACCAGAGACUGCGCAGGGCCAAUUCUUGAAUUUCCAGAAGAUGCUUGAGUUCAACCAACAGUCCAUGCCAUUCGCCAGCGCCAGCAUCGGCAAAAGCUUCCGCAAUGAGAUAUCACCUAGAUCCGGCCUGCUUCGGGUUAGAGAAUUCACGAUGGCUGAGAUAGAGCACUACGUCGACCCUGAGGGGGGCAAGAAACACCCUCGCUUUGAAGAGAUCAAAGACGUGACUCUCAGUCUGCUCAACAGGGAAACUCAGCUUGCUGGUAAGACGGACGUCGAGGCGGUACCCAUUGGCAAAGCCGUAGAAACUAAGCUUGUGGAUAACGAGACCCUGGGAUACUUCUUGGUCCGCAUCCAGCAGUUCCUCAUCAAGCUUGGAGUAGACGAGAAGAAGCUGCGUUUCCGGCAACAUAUGGCAAACGAGAUGGCUCACUACGCCGCUGACUGCUGGGACGCUGAACUGUUAACCUCAUAUGGUUGGAUAGAGUGCGUCGGCUGUGCAGACCGGAGCGCUUAUGAUCUCACGGUGCAUGCGAAGAAGACUGGCGCUCCUCUUUGCGUCCGCGAGACGCGAAAAGAGCCUCUUCGCAUCGAAGAGUGGCAGAUCGAUCUCGACAAGAAGAAGUUUGGCCCAAAGUUCAAGAAGGAUGGCAAGACCGUCGAGGCAGCUAUCGACGCACUAACGCAAGACAUGCGCGAGAAACUGUCUCUGGACUUGAAGAACGAUGGCAAGAUCAGCGUGGAUGUGGAGGGCGUUGCUAAUGGCAAGGUCGAGCUAGAAAAAGACAUCAUCAACAUUGAGAAGCGAACAAGAGUUGAGAACGUGCGGGAGUACACCCCUAACGUGAUUGAGCCUUCAUUCGGCAUUGGUCGGAUAUUAUACAGCCUGAUAGAGCACAGCUACUGGACUCGGGAGGGCGACGAGGCCCGCGGUGUCAUCUCAUUCCCGCCUAUGAUCGCGCCAACAAAAGUGCUCCUUGUUCCUCUUUCUGGCGUCUCGGAUUUCAAGCCUCUCAUCAAGCGCAUAAGCCACCGCUUACGCGCACUCGGUAUCUCCAAUCGGGUCGACGACUCAUCAGCAAGCAUCGGCAAGCGAUACGCGCGCAACGACGAGCUCGGCACGGCAUUCGGCAUCACUGUGGACUUUCAGUCCGUGAAGGACAACACGUUUACGCUUAGGGACCGUGACAGCACCAAGCAGGUCCGCGCCAGCGAAGAUGAAAUCUGCGCCGCGGUGCAAAGUCUUGUCGACGGUAAUGAGACGUGGGCUGAUGUCGCUGGCCGACUGCCCAAGUUUGAGCAGCAGGAGCUAGAGUAA